CGCAGUGGCGUCGGGGGCCUGGCGCUGUGCUGGGCUGCCCGGCCGCGCGCCUGUCGGGCCGCGCUCCUGUCGGGCAGUGCUGCAGGCGGCUGCGGGCGGCGGGGCGCGAGGCCCCCUCGGUGGCGCCAUUUUGGAGCGGCGGCGGCGGCGCCCGGUUUUUCUCCGCGCCCCGCUCCCGCCGGCAGCAUGAGUGUGGUGGAGCACGUACGGGAGAUGGCGUCCGCCGGGCUCCACUCCAACGUGCGGCUGCUCAGCGGGCUGCUCCUCACCAUGAGCGGCAACAACCCGGAAUUGUUUUCACCAUCUCAGAAAUACCAGCUCCUGGUAUAUCAUGCUGACUCUCUCUUCCAUGACAAAGAAUAUAGAAAUGCUGUAAGUAAGUAUACAAUGGCCUUGCAGCAGAAAAAGGCGUUAAGUAAAACUUCAAAAGUAAGACCUUCUACUGGGAAUGCUGCAUCAACUCCCCAAAGCCAGUGUUUACCAUCUGAAAUUGAAGUGAAAUAUAAAAUGGCUGAGUGUUAUACAAUGCUGAAGCAAGACAAAGAUGCCAUUGCUAUUCUUGAUGGGAUUCCUUCCAGACAGAGGACCCCAAAGAUCAAUAUGAUGUUGGCAAAUCUAUACAAAAAAGCAGGUCAAGAACGCUCAUCUGUUACGAGCUAUAAAGAAGUACUGAGGCAGUGCCCUUUAGCGCUUGAUGCCAUACUAGGCUUGCUCUCGCUCUCGGUGAAGGGUGCGGAAGUGGCCUCGAUGACAAUGAAUGUAAUUCAGAGUAUUCCGAACUUGGAUUGGCUUUCAGUGUGGAUCAAGGCAUAUGCUUUCGUACAUACUGGAGAUAACACUAGAGCAAUCAAUACCAUUUGCUCUUUAGAGAAAAAGUCACUACUGAGGGAUAACGUAGACUUACUGGGGAGCUUAGCAGACCUAUACUUCAGAGCCGGAGAUAAUAAAAACUCAAUUUUAAAAUUUGAACAAGCACAAAUGCUGGAUCCUUAUCUAAUAAAAGGAAUGGAUGUAUAUGGUUAUUUAUUGGCACGUGAAGGUCGACUAGAGGAUGUAGAGAACUUGGGCUGCCGUCUCUUCAACAUUUCUGAUCAACAUGCAGAACCCUGGGUGGUAUCUGGGUGCCAUAGUUUCUACAGUAAACGAUACUCCCGUGCCUUAUAUUUAGGAGCCAAAGCUAUUCAACUUAAUAGUAAUAGCGUUCAAGCUCUGCUCCUGAAAGGAGCUGCUCUUAGGAACAUGGGUCGAGUACAGGAAGCAAUUAUACACUUUCGUGAAGCAAUACGUCUUGCACCUUGCAGACUGGACUGCUAUGAAGGUCUCAUCGAAUGUUAUCUAGCAUCUAACAGUAUCCGUGAAGCUAUGGUUAUGGCAAAUAACGUGUAUAAAACUCUGGGAGCCAAUGCACAGACGCUCACUCUGUUAGCAACAGUCUGUCUUGAAGACCCAGUCACACAGGAAAAAGCAAAGACGUUACUGGACAAAGCACUGACACAAAGACCUGAUUACAUUAAAGCUGUGGUAAAGAAAGCAGAACUUCUUAGUAGAGAACAAAAAUAUGAAGAUGGAAUUGCUUUGCUGAGAAAUGCACUGGCUAAUCAGAGCGACUGCGUUCUGCAUCGAAUCCUGGGAGACUUUCUUGUAGCUGUCAAUGAGUAUCAGGAAGCAAUGGAUCAGUACAGCAUUGCCCUAAGUUUGGAUCCAAAUGAUCAGAAGUCGUUAGAAGGAAUGCAGAAAAUGGAAAAAGAGGAAAGUCCAACAGAUGCAACCCAGGAAGAAGAUGUGGAUGAUAUGGAAGGAAGUGGAGAAGAGGGGGACUUGGAAGGCAGUGACAGUGAGGCAGCUCAGUGGGCAGAUCAAGAACAGUGGUUUGGCAUGCAGUGAAGGAUUCUCUUACUGACGCUUGUUUUGGCACUUGAACAUACCAUUAGGGCCAUUCUUCUUUGAAGAACAUAAAGUACAAUUUUAUAGUAACAAAAGACUUUUUUUUUUGUUUGUUUUUUUUUCCUUAAUGGACACUGAAACCAUUUAAUAGUUCUGUGCAUCUCAAUGCCUUGAAGAUUCUUGAUGCUUCUUAUUUAUUAAGUGUAAGGGACUAACUAUGUUAGAGGUUAUUUGCAAUGUGUUUAAAAAAAUUUGUGCUAAAACUGAAAGCAUUAGAAUCCAAAAUGUUUAAAAAGCCUAUUGUUAAUGUUGAAAACAAUGUCUAAAUUGUGUUUGGGGCUAAAUGUGCCUGAUCCAUAUGUAAAUAUAGUGGUUUGUAUACCUUUGUGAAAAA